UUUGCCUUGGUGGAGAAGAAGGCAUACGUCAUAUUCACAAUGGCGGAGGCAGGGUGAAGAGUAGAGUGUGUCAGUUAAGUGGCGCAGUAACCAACUACAUUGCCCGCGAAAGACGCUAACGGUGCCCGAAAAAUGGCCCUGAACCCCAAAGUGGAGAGAAAAACUGACAUAGAGUGUUUGAAGACCGGUGAGCUCGACUUGGAGAGCGGCAAUAGCAAGACAAAUUCGUUGUCAGCCGCCAUCUCGGCCACAUCCAACCAAAAUGGCGAUCAGACUGGAUGUGAAGACGGUGUAAUGCCCGAACAAGAAGCCUCUGAGCGGCGGAGGAGCGGGCAGACGACCGCGAGAAGCUCCAAUAAUUCACCGUUACCCGGCCAGAGACAGGCUGAAGAGUUGCCAAGGAGAAAUUUUCAGAUCCCGAGGAAGAUCAAGGAACGGAAAGGUUGUGCCCUUUCUCUAGUACUAGCUAGCUAUUUCCAACAGAGGCUUCCCAGUGUUUCAUAAUUCAAGUGCUGCAUGUAGCAAACCCGCGUUCCCUACCGUCAGAAUUUAGAUUAGCUAUUGACAUGGAUUGUGAUCCAUCUUCAGAGGGUAGUUACCGUUAGUUUAUUGCGUGCAAAUAAACUAUUGCCUUGGUAAAGGUAAUAUCGGUUCCCGUACUCAUCUCUCGGUCAGCAUUGCAGGUAAGUUUCAGCCCAGGCGCGAGAAGACAAGCACGUGAAGAGAUGCUGCCCAUCAAGCCUCCAUAUUACUUGGGUCUAAAUGGAGGCUCAUGUGGAGAGUGAAAUUAGUUUUGAUGGUAUUCAGCUGAGGAUUUUGAAAGCUUGUGUUGGAAGAUGACCAUAGUAGUAAAGUCCCUUGGGUUGUACACACACCACACCCAUCUUAUAGGAUCUAGGCCUAGACUGGUUACCAUGGCCCUUCCAUGAAGCUUCAGAGAUAGUCAGCCAUCAUCCCAUAUCUUCACAGAUUUGAUACAGAUUAUAGUAGACAACAAGUCCAGACCCCAGUUUGAGUAUUUUUGGGUAGAAUAAAUGUAACUAGCUAUACAGUGAGACCAUUGGUCAUCCAGGAAUAGCCAGACUGGGAGAAGCUGCUAAGAACUGUUGUGGUAUUAGCUAGGCUAGUUCAUUCUUUAGAUGGGUUGCUGUGCUGGUCUUGGCUCUUACAUAAUAUUUUGGGUUUAUAUAACAUUACUCCUAUGCAAUGGACACAACCAUGUGUAGUGGAGGCCUGUUUUGUCAUGGGUCCAUUGCUUGGAUUGUCAUCAGAAAGAGCAUCUGUUCUAUACCAAUGGUGCCCACUAUAUUCACAGGUUGCAUGUAUUUGGUUUUCGUAGUUGGGGUGAUGCCGAAUUAUGAUGCACAGCCUGCAUGCAAAAUACAAUCCAUCAUACAAGUUGCUCUAAGUAAAGUUUAAUUUGAUUUUAUUGUCUCUAGAAUCUGGCCUAUGGCUUGAUGGAUAUGUCAAUAUACCCAUUUUCAGAAUGCAUAUGCUAGUUUUAGAUUUUCCCUUUCCUUAGUGUGAUGUCAGCGCAUUUGGAAAAUAGACUGGUGGAUGAGACUUGGUUGGACAUAUUGCAUCAUAAGAAUUUAGCACAAAGUACACUGAGAACUUUGCCCCUUUUUAUGCAGAAAUAUUGGAUAUAGGGUGGUAGGGUCAUUUGGUGACCUUCAGAUGAAGUAGCAUUAGAUGAAGAUGAGGAAUUGCUAUUGUUAGAGGUCUGCAUUACAGGGCAGACCCAUCCAAUCACUAUAACCAUGGCAUCCAUGUGGGGAAAUGAAGCUCUUUUUAGUGUACUAACCAUCUUGUAUAGUUUUGAUAUACUGUCUAUCACGAAUACUGUCCUCAUGCUCUGUAAACAUCUGCGUUGGGGACAAUUCAAUAUCCAUGUGUGUCUCUAAGCACUAGGCCUGCUCACACACCACCAAUCACUUAUAACCCCCUCCACAACCCUUAUGUGCCUAAUUCCAAAUUGUGUAAAUAUGAAAAGUUUCAAUAAGCAAUAUGGAGAACAAAAAUCCACCUGUCCAAUUUGUGCCAAUCAGAUCCCUGAAUGAUACUAAUCCUCUGUUUCUCUCUUCCCUCUCUUGUCAUCCCUGUUCCUCUGCAGGCCUGUACCAGUUUCUGGCCCCUGACUCCCGGGAAUUUGAGGGCCUUGUGAAGAUCCUCUCCUCCUUCUACCUGGAUGCAUCGUCCAGAGGGACAUUCUCCUACUGCAAGGCCAGGCUCAUUCACAAUGAGCUUCUGGAGAAAGAGGUAGCACCACCAAGCUCAACCAUAUUAUUAUUAUUAUUAUCAUACCCCCAGCUAUUCAUUUAAAAAAUAUAUAUAUAGACAAUUUUUCCCCCAUCAUAUUUAACACAAACCAACCACAUGGUACACCAAACUAUAAAGAAGUCCAGUGGGCCGCAACAAAUAAAAUACGAAAACUAUAACAGUAAGACAAACCGUCGGCUGAUCAGUCAGCCUCAGGCUGUUGUCAACAGCAUGGCCCAAAGAUCUGUUUAUAAGAAUUCCCAUUUACUAUCACUUUAGUCAAAUCUCCACUUCCUAAUGUUCAAACAAAAUAAAACGCAUACCCACUGCUGAUAUUCUUCCCAGACUGGCACAAAACACUAGUUAAUAGUUUUGCACGACCAACAACAAAUACACACUUCAUACCUCACUGACAUUGACCCACCCACAAAACCAGUGUGCCCUUUAUAUUGUUCUGCUUGCAUCUUUUGUCAUGAUGGCAUAUUUUCUCCUGUGUUUGUGUGUGUGCCAGUUCAUUGAGAAGAGGAGGGAGCUGAAGCAGGAGGGCCGUACAGACCCAGAGCUGGUGGAGUCCUACUGCUUCCUGUUCCCAGACAAGUCCAAGGUGAGCCUAACGGCCUGCCUGCCUCACCAGGUGGUGUGGUAUAGCUCCGUGAUUUAGUACUCUGAUCUAAUGUUGCUGCUACAGUCUGGAUCUUUACAAUUGGAUUAAGCAUUAGGCCUACAAUCUGAGCUUGGCUGCUGGGCUCCUGGUUGUCAUUUGAAAACCACUGUGUAUUAUUUUUUGUGAUGUUCUUUUUCCAGCUCCCUUGGAUAUGUGAGAAGGGUCUGUCUGUGGGACACUCCAGGAUCACUACACUAGGAAAUCCAGCAAUGGGUGAGUGUGUGUGUGUACUUACUACCGAAUGUCAUGUAUGAUAUUGUUUUUAGGGAGAGUUUGCAAAUGUCCAGAAGGAUGGCUUUUCUUAGCGAUGUUGGGGGUAUGUCAGUUAGAAAUAGGGUUGUCACGAUACCUGAUUUUUCCUUGGCAAAAAGGAAAACACAAAGCAGACUAAACUAUUUGGUCCUUUUAAAACCCUGCUGUAUGUAACAUAUUGUGUGCUAUAGUGUGGAAAAUAAACAUUAUUCUGGGUGUCAACAUAAGACUGUUUUGUUUCCAACAUUAGGACUGUUUUCCUCAGGAAAUGUAGUCCACUUAUUGUUUUGUUUCCUUUCCACGAUACCUCUUGAGUUUUGCAAUACUGGUAUCGUGACAACCCUAGUUAGAAAUGGAUCUGCUUUUGAACGUUAAGGUUUAAUUGACUAUCUCUGUAAUAGAGGAUCAUCUGUAUGCCUCAUUACUGUAAGAGUAGCUUUAUCCACUGCCAGACAGCUUAGCAUGUCUACCAGAUACGGUUACAUAAGAAGAUACCUAAUGCAUGGCCUAGCAACAGCUGAGUAUUGUGGAAAUGUUUAUCACCAUCCCUCAAACCUCUGUCAUCAACUAUUAACCCACACGUAAGCAUUUCAAUUUUUGUUCAUGUCAAAAGUUAGUUGUCUAUGCAUGGUUUUUACCUCCUUAGUUUUUUCUUGACUUGACUUUUGUUUUGUCAUUUCAGGUGUUUAUCUGUCCAAAUUCUCUGAUUUGCUUCAAAUGAACCCGUUUGAAGCAGGCACCUGUGGAGACAUUGUCAUAUUUAAAGUCAUGAGGGUAAAUACAUCUAUCACACUCAUUAUGGACACAACUGAAACAAUAUAUAUCUUAUGAACACCUAGAAAGUAGUUGCUUACUUUGCAACAGCCUAUUAUUACCAAUGUUGAGUGCAACACCAGUUUUAAUCAUCUCUGACCCAGUGAGUGUGUUUGUCCCUUUAGGGCCGGCUGAAGAGCAUCUUUGAGAACAUGCCUAAGAGUGUCCUGGACCCCACGCCCAAGUUUGACUGUCACGUCUCCAAGAACGCCACGCGGGUCACCUCGUUGCUGUCCUACAGGGCUUUUGAACUCACGCAGCAGUACUUCUAUGAGUUUGCUUUUGAUGAGAUCAAGCAUCGGCCCAGGCAUGUGUGUCCAUACGCUGUGGUGUCUUUCCAGUACAAAGGCAAGGAGUCCGCUGCUGCACCUAUGGCUGCACACAGGUUCAACAGCACUGUCUGUGAAGGAGGAAGCAAAGGUACGCUCCCAUUUUUGCCUUUUUACCUUAUCUCUCUGCUUUAGUCUUCUUACAUUUGUAUUAAAAAUAGAGGCGUAAGUAUUGGUAGCAUGUAGUUUGAUAGCUACCUUGGAAGUUUGGUAUACUGUGCCCAUAUUUGACCUGUGACUGUUGACUGGGGCCAGUGUUCCUAUUGCAAUUGUAAAGUGUUUUGAAUGUACUUUAAAUAAAGUUUGAUUUGCCUGUCAGGGAUGAGUAGCUACACUGUGUGGAGUGGGCCGCUGGUGAACAAGGGACAGGAGUUGUGCCAGGUGUCUCUGCUCUCCUUUACACGCCACUUCCUCCCUUUCAAACUGUGAGUACCUCUAUUGUCCAUACCUAAAACGCAUGUAUUUGUUAUCCGUACCUGAAACGCAUGUAUUUGUUAUCCGUACCUAAAACGCAUGUAUUUGUUAUCCGUACCUGAAACAUGGAUAUCAGUAGUAACUCAUAGUUAAUAAGCAUGUUAUGAGUACUGUAAUAAGUUGAUUGAGGUGUGUGUGUGUGUCCCCUCUGCAGAACGGAGACGUUGGAGAUGAGUAUGGGGAUGCAGCUGGACCAGGUGAAGAGGAAGAUCCCCUCUGUUCUGUUCUCCUGGGACACCUACAGCAGAACCAGAGAAGGUCCGAACCACUCUCCUCUCCAGCCUUAGUCCUAGUCUGAUUCAUCUAUUCUCUGACCAAGACAACAGUCCAUAGAUGCUAUAGAAUAACCGAACAACAACACAACAGUCCCUCCAGGAUUUCGCUUGAUUUUGCUGUGUCAAUUUGGACAUUUUGCAUGGCAAUUUGCAAUAAUUUUGUCCAAUUUGUCACAUGCGCUGAUGAGGAAAAAAGCUUGUUGACAUGUUGCUUGAUUGAGCCAUUUUAUGCAUUAAAAGUACAGUGAUUGGUUAAAAUUGCGAACCCUCUUUUUGUAGUGUGGCGAUUGGACAAUUAUAUGCGGUAAUGUUGUGACGAUUGGACUGUUUUAUGCGGUAAUAGUGCAGCGAUUGGUCAGAUUUGCAAGCCCUUGCAUAAUACGUUGGCAAAAAUUGCGAUUGCUAAAGAGGUGCUGACUUAAUCUGACUAACAACAAUGUAGGACCUAUCACCCGGAAUCACUGUGUUGGGUGUGUUUUUUUAUAUUUUAUUUUCUUACUUUGGAUUUAAAUGUUUUUACUAUGGAGUCGACCUUGUUCUGACCGAGGUGUGUGUGUUUCAGUGCUGAAGUGUGGGAUCUACUGCAGCCUGUUUGAGGUGGUGGAUUGGAAGGGCAAGGCGAGCAGCAGCACUCUCUCAGGACUCAUACAUAAACUGGAGAGAGAGAGGAUGGUGAGUCACUCCCUGACUGUCCCUCUGCAGGAUGUUUUAAUGAACACUGUUUAAUGAUUAUACAGCGACACUAGAAGGGUUAGGGAGGGGGAUGUGGCAUGGAUCAUUAUAUUAUACAACACACCCAGGCUUUCACAUGGGUUGCAUUACUUUGGUCCCCCAUAAUAUUUGAUAUGUAGAUCAGCUAAACUGGUCAGUUCCCUAGAAAUGGGCAUGUCAUGAAGAGUUGUUGUCAUUUGUUCUCCAUAUUUAUUUAAACGGUAGAGCUAACUCCAAUCAGGGAGUUCCCAUGCCAUAUAUGAAAAUAAUUGUCCCUGUUUUAAAUGUGAAUUUCUGCUGUUGCACAGCUGCACUGUAUGAAAAGUGUUUGUUUAGAUGUAUUGAAUGUCAAUGUCUCCUCCUCCCCUGUGUAGGUGCUAGUGAAGCCUUUAGUUGACAAAGGUUUUCUCUUCCUCCUGUCAUCUGCUCAGAUGGUCAGUCCCAACGGUACGUCCUCUGUCUCUCACUCUUUCCAUUGAUCUGACAUGUUGUUCUUUGUGUGGGUUAAUACUGAGGGAGUUCUUGUGUGUUUGGUGGAUUCUAGACCGUCGGGGGAGGGUUGAGAAGAGCCUGCAGGCACUGUUUGUCUUUCAGGAGUCCAGGGGAGUCGCCAAGUUCAGUAAGUAUUCUAAAAGAUCCUUCCUCAAACCACAGUUACAGCUAUUGAAUGUCAGGAACAGCCUUUAUGAGCAGUAUGUACAGUGGGGGAAAAAGUAUUUAGUCAGCCACCAAUUGUGCAUGUUCUCCCACUUAAAAAGAUGAGAGAGGCCUGUAAUUUUCAUCAUAGGUACACGUCAACUAUGACAGACAAAUUGAGGAAAAGAAAUCCAGAAAAUCACAUUGUAGGAUUUUUAAUGAAUGUAUUUGCAAAUUAUGGUGGAAAAUAAGUAUUUGGUCACCUACAAACAAGCAAGAUUUCUGGCUCUCACAGACCUGUAACUUCUUCUUUAAGAGGCUCCUCUGUCCUCCACUCGUUACCUGUAUUAAUGGCACCUGUUUGAACUUGUUAUCAAACAUGUCCACAACCUCAAACAGUCACACUCCAAACUCCACUAUGGCCAAGACCAAAGAGCUGUCAAAGGACACCAGAAACAAAAUUGUAGACCUGCACCAGGCUGGGAAGACUGAAUCUGCAAUAGGUAAGCAGCUUUGUUUGAAGAAAUCAACUGUGGGAGCAAUUAUUAGGAAAUGGAAGACAUACAAGACCACUGAUAAUCUCCCUCGAUCUGGGGCUCCACGCAAGAUCUCACCCCCGUGGGGUCAAAAUGAUCACAAGAACGGUGAGCAAAAAUCCCAGAACCACACGGGGGGACCUAGUGAAUGACCUGCAGAGAGCUGGGACCAAAGUAACAAAGCCUACCAUCAGUAAUACACUACGCCACCAGGGACUCAAAUCCUGCAGUGCCAGACGUGUCCCCCUGCUUAAGCCAGUACAUGUCCAGGCCCGUCUGAAGUUUGCUAGAGUCCAUUUGGAUGAAUCCAGAAGAGGAUUGGGAGAAUGUCAUAUGGUCAGAUGAAACGAAAAUAUAACUUUUUGGUAAAAACUCAACUCGUCGUGUUUGGAGGACAAAGAAUGCUGAGUUGCAUCCAAAGAACACCAUACCUACUGUGAAGCUGUUUUUCUGCAAAGGUACCAGGAUGACUGAUCCGUGUAAAGGAAAGAAUGAAUGGGGCCAUGUAUCGUGAAGAUUUUGAGUGAAAACCUCGUUCCAUCAGCAAGGGCAUUGAAGAUGAAACGUGGCUGGAUCUUUCAGCAUGACAAUGAUCCCAAACACACCGCCCGGGCAACGAAGGAGUGGCUUUGUAAGAAGCAUUUCAAGGUCCUGGAGUGGCCUAGCCAGUCUCCAGAUCUCAACCCCAUAGAAAAUCUUUGGAGGGAGUUGAAAGUCUGUGUUGCCCAGCGACAGCCCCAAAACAUCACUGCUCUAGAGGAGAUCUGCAUGGAGGAAUGGGCCAAAAUACCAGCAACAGUGUGUGAAAACCUUGUGAAGACUUACGGAAAACGUUUGACCUGUGUCAUUGCCAACAAAGGGUAUAUAACAAAGUAUUGAGAAACUUUUGUUAUUGACCAAAUACUUAUUUUCCACCAUAAUUUGCAAAUAAAUUCAUUAAAAAUCCUACAAUGUGAUUUUCUGGAUUUUAUUUCUUCUCAUUUUGUCUCUCAUAGUUGACGUGUACCUAUGAUGAAAAUUACAGGCCUCUCUCAUCUUUUUAAGUGGGAGAACUUGCACAAUUGGUGGCUGACUAAAUACUUUUUUCCCUCACUGUAUACUUAUGUCUGCUACCCCCCCAUUGACCAUGUCCCUGCCUCCCCCAGCGCCCAGACUGUCAGAGCAGGAGCCCCUGUCAGCUGAGCCCCUGCCCCCUCUCCUGGCCUCCAUGGACCCCUUCAUCCCAGCCCUGCACUAUGCCCUGCUCAAGAUGCGCUCCACCCCCGAUAACAAGCACCUCAGCACCGUGGUGGAGCGCCAGGCCUUAGACUACCUGACCAGGAGGGACAGCGGCCGGGCCUUCCUCCUCCCAGAGUACCAACAGACCCUGGACGAGAGGGGCAGCGUGCACCCCGCGCCCCGCCCCAAAUCCAACAUGGAGGGCCUGCUGCGCUCCUACCUCCACGGCCUCUCCUCGGCCUACGUCCUCCCCAUUGUCAAGGCCAGGGACAUGAUGGACAGGAUCAACCAGCCUCCGCCUGCCCCGGCCCCAACCAUCCCGGAUUACAGCCCUGUGUCAGACUGGGGGGGCUCAGGAGGGUCAGACAGACCAGAGAGGGUGGAGAGGCAACCUCCAGAGAGACCAGAGAGCAGCAGGAGGAGAGGGGGGCCGUCCCAGACCCAUUCUAACGGGGCCGCAGCAGGGACAGGGGCCCCGGCCCAGAGGUCAAGGCUGGCCCAGAGUGAGUACGAUAAGGACAAGAUGAAAGAGCUGCUGAAGCUGAUCCAGCUGCAUAAGGCCCUGGUGAAGGAGCCAGGAGGGAAGGAGAGGGCCGAGGGCGGUGACGACGGGGGCUGGGAGGGCCCCCACGGCCUCAAGAGGAAGCUAGAGGAGGACGAAUCAGGGGCCAUGUCUAAAUACCUACGGGGAGCCCACUUCAGCAACGGAGAGCCCAGUAGAGGUGAGACUGGUUUGUGUGUGGGAGGGAGCAAAAGAUUGUAUGGGAGAAUGAAUGAGAGAUGGUGGUGGAGUGGCGCGAGUCUGUGGGGGAGAGGCACGAGUCUGUGGGGGAGAGAAGGAGAAUAAGGGAAAGAACAAGUGGGAGGGAGAGAGUUUGGUAGGAAGUAGUAUGGACUGAGUAAGUUAACAUUCGUACGCCAACCUAAGAGAGAAUAUUGACAUUUUAAAUGUAGGUCUUUAUCAUAAAUAAUAUCCUUUCUGACCUUGCGGUGUGUGUAUAUUGUAGAAGCCUACCUUAUAAGCAUGGUAAGCAUGGCUACAUCCCUUUUAACCCCACGGUCUCUGUCCUCCCAGUAGCCCAGGGGGGGGAGGGAGAGAACUACAACCUGGCAGCAGUAAUGGAAAGUAUGGGGAUCACUGACCUAAGGGACAGGGGCAACACUUCCCAGGCUGCCUCAGCCAACGAGACACAGCGCCUGCUCAAGAUCCUGCUCUCCACCCUCAACAAGGCCAUGGCUCAGGGCGCUGCCGCGGCCCCCUCCUACCUGCCCGAACACGGGGAGCCCUCCAUGGGCUCGGCCUGCGCGGAGAAGCCGAAUGAAGGGCGAGUGGAGCAGGCCCGACAGGACUUCUUGGAGGUGAGAAACGUGUGUGGGAGAAAAAAUUAAGUAUGGACUGGUGUUUGUGAUGGAGUGAUGUGACUGACCAUGUUGUUGUGUGUUUAGGAGCAGAUGGCGUGCAGUCUGGCCAGCCCCUUCAGCCCCGACUCUCCAGGACAACAACCACACACCUCAGACAACCCAUCACUCACCUGGGAACUGGCCUCUCACACAGACAAACCUAUCCCCUUCUUUGAAUCUCAGAACGAUGGCGACCUCGAGCAGAGGAAAGUUCUGGAGGUGGGUGAGAGAGGUCCGAGAGGUGCCUCCCUGGAGCGGGAGAGGGUAACCAAGGAAGCCUCAAUAGAUAGGGUAGCCAAGGGGGCUUCCUUAGAGAGGGAGAGGGUAGCCAGGCCACCCAGCACUCUGGACACCAUCGUAAGCCAGGAGCUCCACUGCCUCUUCAACUCCAUCCAGGGCCUCAUGGAUAGCCAGAAGAUCUACUACAACUCCCAGCUGCCCUCACGGCUGUCCCCGCGCCACACCUGGCAGCCCAACUGCUCCUUCUCAGACUUUGUGGCGCCCUAUGUCGUGUCUGUCCCUGUCCAGGGCCACGUCAACACCCUGUGUGAGAGAAUGGGCCGACUGGUGCCCAAACCUCGCCACACUGACUCUGCUAAAGCACCUGGGGCUCGUUCUACCCUCCAUGCUCCCUCCGCCACCGUGCCACCCCCUCCACACACCCUCAACCCCACCCAUCCUAUUCCCUCUUUCCCUCCCCCACCCCAUUCUCUCACCUCCAUCCCUCACCUUCCUUCGAUCCAUCACCUUCCACCCCCGCCUGCCCUCGUCCACUCUCCCGCCCCUAUCCUCAUCACGUCCCCGACCCCCAAGCCUGUCCCCAAAACCAAAGCACAGCCCCCUCAGGCUAAGAGCUCCUCUUCCUCCCAGAGCCGGCCCAAACCGGACCCAUUCAUACAGACACACAAGAACCCCUCUGCAGCACAGAAGCCCUCUACUGAGAGGAAGUCAGAACCAUCUGCCUCAAAGAGAGAGGUCUACUCCCCCUCCCAGGCCUCAAUGGACUCCUCAGACUCCACCCCAAAACGGCCUAAACAAGCUGCCAUCAUAGCCCCCUCUCCUCUGACCCCGGCAUCAGCUGCUGGACUACUGAUGGGCCAGCUGAAGCCUGAGGUGUUCAGCAGCCUGGUGGAGAUCUUCAAGGACGUGCAGAGGAACACGGUCAGAUUCUACAUCCACUCUGGAGAGGAGGAGGAGGAGAGUGACGUCUGUGUGGAGAUCAAGGUACUGUAGGCCUCCGUUAUGAUCAACACUCAUGUCAAUGUUUGCCCGUAAGAAGAGAAACUCAUUCUCACUGAUGAUUGAGCUAACACUUCACCAAUACCUUUAUCCAAGCUUUCUCUGACACAGGCACUGUAUUAUCCGCUGUAAUUAUCUACACUGUGACGGGACGCUCAUUGGCUUACCUUUUCAGUGUUCCCUCGUGUUGUUGGUCUGCAAACAUCAUGUUAAACUGACGUUGUCCUCUGUAGGAUGAGGAGAGUCACAUUUAAUUGUCUUCUCCUUGUUUUACUGCAACAAGAACACUUCAUGGCUGUCUGCAUUCUCUGCCAUAAUACAUUGUAGUACGCUACUGAGAUAAGAGUGUACAAUAUUGCACCACUAUCCUCUUUUCCUCAUCCCCUCCUCGUUAAUUUGGUUUUGUGGUGUGUUGCUGUCUCCUGCUCCUGUUUUAAACUCCCUCUUUCUGUCUCCUCCCUGUGACAGGAGUACUUGCUGAGCCUGGGCAACACAGAGUGUAACCCCCAGAUGUUCCUGGAGAAUAACAGCAGUCUGGAUAAGCUGCUCAUCGUCAUUCAGAACGAAGACAUCUCAGCCCAUGUCAACAAGGUAACAUCAUUGCCAUCCUGGCUGGCUGACUGGCUGGCUGCUAGGAUGAGUCACGCCACCAGACAGAAUGUUGUCUGCACAGGGAGAAUUAUCCUCAGCCCCCAAGAAAUGAUCUGAAAUAAUGGAAUUCUAAUUGGACCUGUGGAAUUGAUUUUAAAUCCACCAAAAACCUGGAUGGCGCAAAGAUACUUUUGGUCAUGUAGUGUAUGUGGACACCUGCUCGUCGAACAUCUCAUUCCAAAUCAUGGGCAUUAAUAUGGAGGUGGUCCCCCUUUGACGCUAUAACAGCCUCCACUCUUCUGGGAAGGCUUUCCACUAGAUGUUGGAACAUUGCUGUGGGGACUUGCUUCCAUUCCGCCACGAGCAUUAGUGAGGUCGGGCACUGAUGUUGGGCGAUUAGGACUGGCUGGCAGUCUGCGUUCCAAUUCAUCCCAAAGGUGUUAGAUGGGGUUGAGGUCAGGGCUCUGUGCAGGCCAGUCAAGUACUUCCACACCGAUCUCGACAAACCAUUUCUGUAUGGACCUUGCUUUGUGCACGGGGGUAUUGUCAUGCUGAAACAGGAAAGGGCCUUCCACAAAGUUGGGAGCACAGAAUCGUCUACAUUUUACAUUUACAUUUUAGUCAUUUAGCAGAUGCUCUUAUCCAGAGCGACUUACAGUUAGUGAGUGCAUACAUAAUUUCUUUAUUUUUCAUACUGGCCCCCCAUGGGAAUCGAACCCACAACCCUGGCGUUGCGAACGCCAUGCUCUACCAACUGAGCUACAUCCCUAGAAUGUCAUUGUAUGCUGUAGCGUUAAGAUUUCCCUUCACUGGAACUAAGUGUCCUAGCCCGAACCAUGAAAAACAGCCUCGGACCAUUAUUCCUCUUCUACCAAACUUUACAGUUGGCACUAUACAUUCGGGUAGGUAGCGUUCUCCUGGCAUCCGCCAAACCCAGAUUUGUCCGUCGGACUGCCAGAUGGUGAAGCGUGAUUCAUCACUCCAGAGAACGUGUUUCCACUGCUCCAGAGUCCAAUUGCGGCGAGCUUUACACUGCUCCAGCCGACGCUUGGCAUUGCACAUGGUGAUCUUAGGCUUGUAUGUGGCUGCUCAGCCAUGGAAACCCAUUUCAUGAAGAUCGUGACAAACAGUUAUUGUGCUGACGAUGCUUCCAGAGGAACUUUGGAACUCUGUAGUGAGUGUUGCAACGUGCUUCAGCACUCUGCAGUCCCGUUCUGUGAGUUUGUGUGGCCGACCACUUCGAGGCUGAGCCGUUGUUGCGCCUAGACUAGAUUUCCACUUCACAAUAACAACACUUCCAGUUGACCUGGGCAGCUCUAGCAGGGCAAUUUGACAAACUAACUUGUUGGAAAGGUGGCAUCCUAUGACGGUGCCACGUUGAAAGUCAAAUUUCUGUGUGCUCGAUUUUGUACACCUGUCAGCAACGGGUGUGGCUGAAAUAGCCGAUUCCACUAAUUUGAAGGGGUGUCCACUUACUUUUGUAUAUAUAGUGUAAACGGGUCAUUCAUUGAAUAUAUAGACAGAGCUGGAAGACAUGAUCAUCACUGCAAAUUGUCUCGACAGUCAUCACUUCUUUCUCACACAAAUGUUAAUUUCGAUGUGAAGCAUGAAUUUAAAGGUAGAUUCUGAACCAUGUUCCCCCUGUCAGAUCCCAGCCCUGGUGUCGUUGAAGAAGCUGUCCACGGUGAGCUUUGCGGGAGUGGACAGUCUGGACGAUGUGAAGAACCACACCUACAACGAGCUCUUCGUCUCCGGAGGAUUCAUCGUGUCUGAUGAGUUUGUCCUCAACCCAGACUUCAUAACACACGGUGAGUCUGCUGAAGCUGUCAUCAACAUUCAUUGUGAUGUGUGGGAUCCACAUGUGAAUAUUAAGAGUUAUGCUUUUUUUUGGGUCACGUUUUCUUUCUAUGAAGUUGGAUAAAUGCCACUGGGGAUUUUGUUUGUUAAUGAGAUGCAUCUAUAUUAUAUGGUCAUUAGAAACAGUAUUUGGACAUUUUUUUUAUUUUUUUUUAUUGCAAUUCAAUCAUUGUUUUAUGUACCAUGUAGCUGUGUCAUUACAUUCUGGUUAGCAAAGUGGUCAUAUAUUGACUACAGAUGAAAAGGGAAAAGACUGAACUCAUGACAGGGCAUUGAUUUAAUGGGAUCAGUGUGUGUGUGUGUGUUGUGUUGUGUUCCCUGUGUAGACUGGUAAUGUGUUGUGUUAUUGUGUUCCCUGGGCAGACCGGUUGCAGGCGUUCCUGCGGUUCCUAGAGGAGCAGAGCUCUCCAGAGAACCCCUGGCAGUGGAAGAUCCACAACAAGUCCCAGAAGAAACUCAAAGAGCUGGGCAGGUCAGUAACUACUACCAUUCAGCAUGACCCGAGACAUAGACCGCUCUCAAUCCAUUCAGUAACUACCUCCAUCCUAUAGUACUGCCAAGUCUUUCAAUCAAUCCAGAACCUCUCUUCGAGGUCCGAAGUAGUAGUAGUAGUAGUUAUUAGUAGUAGUAGUAGUAGUUGUGACUGUUUUAAAAGGCUGAAAAACAAUAAUACACACAUUAUCAUCACAUUAUCAUGCUUUCAUCCAAUAUUUUUGUUUGCUUUUUGUCUUACGUAUUCAGACUAUUUUAGUUACAGACAGCCCCACCUCCUCUCUCCUCUCAUAGGUUGAAUGGUGAUGCCAUGGCUCUCCUCAACCUGCUGACAGCCUAUCAGAAGAAGCACCUGGUGGAGUUCCUGCCUUAUCACGAGUGUGACGCCCAAUCACGUCAGGCCCCUGAUCUGGACUGCCUGGUCAAGCUCCAGGCUAACCACACCCAGCACCGCCACUUUAUCUUCCUCACAGGUACCACCACCAUCAUCAUCAUUAUCGUGACUCAUCAUCAUCAUCUCCUGACCCUUUGUGGAACAUUAUGUACUGGUAUGUGUAUUAAUUGAACACCCCUCUCUUGUUGUUUGUCCCUCCAGAGAGGCGCUUUGAGAUGUUCAUGCAGUACUCCAGGAACGGCAUAGUGAUCGCCAGCAUUGAUGACAUCAUGACCAGUUUCCACAACCUGAUUGGCUCCAGAGAUCAGAAAGAGCUGGCCACACCGCCCUCUACUGGUGGGUGAUGUCAACAACAACUUUACAAUUACAUUGAUCUUUGGCCCUGUUCAAGUACUAUGAAUUGCAUCUCAUUCCUUUAAGUAAAGUCCAAAUUUUUUAUCAAAUUUUCUGUUUGGAAUAAAUCAAUAACCUUUUCCCUGUCCUUUCUUUUUCUUCCUCUCUUCUUCUCUACUCCUCUCUUCUUCUCUACUCCUCUCUUCUUCUCUACUCCUCUCUUCUUCUCUACUCCUCUCUUCUUCUCUACUCCUCUCUUCCCUACUCCUCUCUUCUUCUCUACUCCUCUCUUUCACCACUCCUCUUCUCUACUCCCUCUUCUUCUCUACUCCUCUCUUCUAACUACGCUCUUCUGUCUCUACUCCUCUCUCCCCCUCUACUCCUCUGUACUUCUUCCUAUCUCCCUCUCUACUCCUCUCUCCCCUAAUAUUCCUCUCCCCCUCUUCCCCUCUACUCCUCUCUUCCCCUCUACUCCCCUCUACUCCUCUCUUCCUCUAUUCCUCUCUCCCCCUCUAUUCCACUCUCACCCUCUACCCUCACCCUCAGUCCUUACUCGUCUACUCCUCUCUCCCCUCUACCCUCCUCCCCUCUACUCCUCUUCUCUACGCCUGCGCUCCCCUCACCCUCUCUAUCCCCCCUAGCCCUCUCUCCCCCCUACUCCGCCUUCUCCGCCUACUCCUGCUCUUCCCUCUACUCACUCUCUCCGCUCUCUAGCUCCUCUGCUUCCCUCUACCCCUACCUCCUCCUACUCUCCUCUCUCUACUCCUCGACUCCUCGCUUACCCUCGCUCCCUCGCUACUACCUCUCUUCCUCUCUACUCCUCUCUUCUCCUAUCAACCACUACCUCUCUUCUUAUCUACUCCUCAACUCCUAUUCUCUCUCUCCCCCUAUUUCUACUCCUCUCUACUCCUCUCUCUCUCUAUCCUCUACUCCUCUCUUUUCCUCUCACUCUUACUCUCUCUCCCCCCUACCCCCCUCUACCUCCUUAUACUCUCUUUUCCCUCUACUCCUUCUCUCUCUCCUCUACUCUCUACUCCUCUCUACUUCUUCCUCUCUACUCCUCUCUCCCCCUAUAUUCCUCUCCCCCUCUUUCCCUCUUCCCUCUCCCUCUACUCCUCUCUUUCCCUCUACUCCUCUCCUCCCCUCUUCUCCUCUCUACUCCUCUCUUCCCCUCUACUCCUCUCUUCCCCUCUACUCCUCUCUCCCCCUCUACUCCUCUCUCAGUAGAGCAUGAUGAGUGUAUAGAAGAGGAAGAUAUGUCGCUGGACUCUGAUGACGACAGCCACAACCAGGUGAUCGUCGAGCAUCCUGCCCAAACCCAGGAGGGGGGAGCAGGAGGGGGGGGCACGGGGGACCCGACCCAGCAGCCCCCCUUACCCGAGUCAGACGAGUUCCGACCCCCUCUCCCCGACCAGCUCAACACCUCUGGCCGACACACCCCCUCCUCCCUCUCCUACUCCAGCAGCACCCCCAACCUUUCCAACUUCGCUGCUCUCAAAUCAGCCAUCUCCCAGUUCAAAGCCUCCAACCAGGUUGGUAGGGCGGACAUAGGCAGCACUUCGCCAGGAGGGUUUUCUGUCAACCCCCACCAGAGCUUCCUGUGUCCGUCCACCCAGUGGGUGUCCUACUCUGGCUCCUCCGGCUACACGGCUUCCCCAGCCUAUCCCGCCUCGCCCUGCAGCAGCACCCAGGAACAGGACUACAGAAACCCAGCCGCAGUACCUACUACAGCCCCAGGCUCCACUCUCACCACAGGGCCUCUGACCAGCCAGGCCCCCCUCACCCUACUGGACAUCCCCCAGCCUCCCCCGCCUCCUCCACAUCUCAUGAUGGGUGGGACUCUGUCCCAGUCGUUUAGCCUGCCUGGCUCUAGCUCUGUUAGUGGAGCAGCCGGGGUUGCUGUUGGAGCAUCCUUCUCUACAGUCAGCAGCACUAGCACUCUGCCCAGCACAGCCAUAGGGGCCUCUUCCUCUUCUCUCUCCACUGCACUAACAUACUCUGACCCUGCUGUUGCCACCACAGCCUCCUUAGGCCUGGGCUAUACUCAGAGCGACAUGGCCCAGCUUGGCUACCCGGCAGGGGUCAGCUCCAGCGCUAAUGGGACCCCCACCCAGCAGGGGGACAGGAGACUCAGUGGGCCCGGGGAGAGCCUAUGGGGGUUAGGAGGAGGAACCCCUAACAGCCAGGGAGGGGCCACGCCUGGCUCGGUCUCCCACAGCGGUCUCACCCAAGGUGGGGAGAGGGAGAGGACAGGCACUCCUGGUGGCAGUACCCCUGGAAGUCAGGGGGGAAGGACUCCAGUGAACAGUGUAGAAAGCCUUGGAGCGGGCAUGGCUGUUCCCUCUGUGGCCACCAGGGGGGGCUCUAUAGCUAGGCCCAUGCUGCCCAUCCAUGGAGGGACUGGAGGUAGUCGAGGCGUCGAGGCCAGUGUCCAUCCACUCAGCGGUGGUGGCUACGGCUGUUUAGGUGCCAUGCCUGGACAGAUGGGUAUGGGUCGCGGGGGUAUGGGUCCCGGGUCAUUAGGGGGGUACCGAGGGAGAGGAGCCCCACAGGGAGGUCUCUGGCCAAGGCCGGGAGGAGGACCCGAGCGGCCGGAUGGAGGUGGACCCUGCGGACCCUCCUGGGGUUACCCGAAGGGGAGGGAAGAGGGACAAGAUUACUACUCAGAUUACACAUACUCACACAACUACUCCCCCUGAACAGACAAUCAUGAUUACAGAGGGGUUAACGGACACGCCACACUGAGACUGGUAGAGCUGGCUGAAUGUACAUAUUUACUUGUCAAACUCUUUGAAUUGAUAAUAGUCAGAAAGAUCCUGGUUUUUUACAAAUAAACUUGAUACAGGCAGGGCCGAGUGUCGAUACUGUCGUAACCGUACGCUCUUUACAUGUAAGCUGUUUCAGACCCCUGUUCCGACCACUAUAUUUAUAAUUGUCAAGAAAUGUAAUGGCCUUCCAAGCGUCUCGGUUUUGUUUUAUUUUUUAUUCUUUGUUUUUUUCCCGGUUUUGAAACAGUUUGUGAACAAGGGGGAAAAGGCAGACUAUUUUUUUAAAGAAAGAAAAAAGAGAAGUGAAAGGCACACCACUUUCGCUGUUGGUUUUCUUUUUUACAUCCUUGGUUGUUCCCCAAAAAAUAUCUAUUAAAAUAAACAUGUUUCAAAUC